AUGAAUGACAAGGACAAGGAUGAUGUGUUUUUGGACACACCUCACCAUGUGGUCAAAGCUACACCCACCAAAUUGGUAUCUUGUCUUGAGGAAAGGCCCGGUGGAGCGCAAGUCAGGUGGAGUCCACUUUCUGAGGACCAGCUUGAAGUUGUCUGCCAAGAAGCCAAGCGAUUGGCCAAUCAGCUACAACGUGGCAAGUGCCCCGGUGGCGAGGACAAAGCCGCUGCCCCUGAGACUGUUUCCCUGGCUGAGGCAGACAAGGAGAACUUCAUCCAAGACACCGCCGCUAAACUGAACUUGCUGGUGACACCCCUCAGUAUGACUCCUGUUAAACGUCAAACUUUCCUAGUGCAAGACAGUCCUAUGAAGGACUUGCCCCCAGCUUUCCGGGAACGCUUGCAGCGAGUGAGUACCACCCCUCUUCCGGCAUCUUCUGCCGUCCUGGCCACCCGUCAUUCCACUCGGCUCAGCACAGCCAGCCCGGCUGGUGGCAUCAAGACCAGGGCAACGCUCCGGGGGAAAGCAGGACUGGGUGGCGUUUUGCCUAGCAAGCCGACCGUCCCCAGGACUUCCUCUUCAGUCAGCCAGGGAGCAGACAUACUAAAAGCCAAAGUGCAACGGCCAAACAAAGUAGUGUCAAGUUGUAAACCCAGCCUUAGUACUAAUUUCACCGGGCGGGGCAAGUCUUGUGAUGAUAUUCUGUCAGAUUCCGCCAGCGUUGUGUCCGACAUCAGCAAUUCAUCCCUCAACUCCAGCGUAGUGGGGAAAAAUCGCACGCUUGUUCCGCCCACAAAGGUGGUUAGAAAAAAGUCCGGCAUUGAGGUGGCGCUGCUUCAGAGCCAAAAGAUGACCGAAAGGCGCAACACAUCGUCAUCCUCGUCCUCGGUGUCCAGCUUCAACUCCAGCAUUUCCUUGUCCCCAUCCGCAGGUAAAAUGAGCUCCUCCAUGAACCAGAGUCUGAGGUCCUCCACUGGCCGGGUCGCCCCCGGUAGUGUUAGCAGGCCUGUCAAUCCGAACAAACGCCGCUCCAGCAAGGGUGGUGCCACAAUGGCUGUAGCGCGUACGACGACAUCAUUGUCUUCCACCGCUGUGAGCAGUAAAUACAGGAAGUUGUCAGAGCCUGUCAAGGCCCUGAGGACUCCGACACAACGCCAAAUCACGCCUGCAAAAACAACCUUGGACAAGACCUCAGGUGCCGCCACCAAUGCGUCAGCACUGAUUCAAAGUGAGCAGAACAUGAAAAGAGAUCCGAUGGCGCUAGGCCAGAUGGCCGCAUCCAGUCGAAAAGCAUCAGGACAAGGUUUUUGUUCUCCGGAUCUUUCCAAGGUGCUAAGACCUAAGAGGCUCAUGUCUGUGUCCUGCAUGGAAGGCCUUUCCCGAAAGCUGUCGCCCGGCCCACUGUCAACACCAACAGGAGUAAGCAGGCCCUUGCAGUUGCAUUCCCAGCGUCCCUCUGGUCUCCCCACGCCGGUCAAACGCCAGGCCGCCGCCACCCCGGCUCAGAUGCUUGGCAGCCACGCAAGAACCUCCAAGCCCUCCAGAAAGCAAGGGGCUUCAAACUUUAAUUGUUCCCCCAGGACCUGUCCCAGUCCUGCUCCUAUGGAGUCUAAUGGGCCGGAGCCUGUUGACAUCCAACCCUUUUGUCUGGAGGAGGAGCCUCCUGCCAAUCCCAGCGAACCUAAUAGUCCAGAGAGUGAGGAACUGCCUGGUCAUUGCCCAUUAGAGCUCAGCAAAGAACCUGUCCCGCCUGAGAGCACCACACAACAGGUUCUCCUACUGGACCUUCCUGUGCUGACGCCCCAACCUGUGGAGAAACUGCUCAUAGACCUGAGCAACACUCCUGACUUGAUUCACAAAAACACCAAAACUUGUGCUGGCACGCAGCAGCUGAUUGAUUUGAGUUCGCCGCUCAUCAAGUGGAGUCCGGAAGACAAAAAGGAGAACAGCACCCCUCUCAUCAACCUAUCCUUCUAA